AUGCCGUUUCUUUCGAGAGAAGAGUUCAAGGAGUGGGCUGAUGAUGGCACUGGCAACGUGUGGCAGCGAGUGAAUGCCACGGGUGCAUUCUGCGGGCUUUGCUAUGCCGCCGGUGACAUUUUAAGGAAUUUGAGGGUCCUGAGGGGCGCUUCAUCAAUGAAAUAUCGAAUCAUCACAGAUUUCACAGAUGCUGAGAAUCGGCGCAUCCACAUUGAGGUCGCUCAAGCUGAUUCCGAAGAAGAUUUUUUAGAUCUGCUGAAUAGGCUCAAUUCUCUCACAGUUCAAGAGGUCAUGGGGGCAGCUUCCUCAGAUAGGAUGGAAAUGCUGGAGCAGCUGAUCGGGAGAGCGAGGAACAUAGAUGUGGAUGUAGCCAACGAACAGAGAGAAUUUCUCUCGGUUGAAAUGCUGCAGAAGAUCUCAAGAUUGGAGCGCGCCGAGACUACUCUUCAACAAAAGCUUGAAGAGGCACAGAAAGCACUCCAGAACAAAGAGGCUGAGAAGCAAGAACUUCAAGAUGAAUUCUGUGUCACCCUGGCCCAACAAGCUUUGGAACAGGUCUUAGAUGAGGCGAAGGCUGAGAUAGAGCCAUCAAAUUCGACAGCAUCCACAGAGAAUCGCCCAGACAGUUUGGGCCAGUCAAGUGCAGUGAGCAGCACAUCUGAUGAUGCUUCCAGCUCGGAAGCAAGGCACGAGGGAGAAGCCGUGACAUUCCAAGAAACUGAGCCGGAAGCUCUCGCUGUGAAUGGCAGCCAUACUGAAAAGACCCUGUCUCUCCUCUUGCCACAGGGCCAAGAAAGCACAGGUGACGAGACGGACAUGCAAACUCUGGAGCUUAGGCAGUCAGGGAUGAGCUUCGUUGAGAGUGUGCUGAAAGGCCCAUUCCGUUGCAGUUUAGCCAGGGCCUUUUGGCAGCUCGCAGCGGCCACGUACCGCGCUAUCAGCUGCAAUCAUGUAGAGUUGGAGGGCAAAGUCGGGUUUCGUGGAACUGUGACUGAAAACAUCUACGGCAACGGGAGUGCUGCAAAUUGGUCUUCGAACCUGGACUAUGCAGCAGUACCCUUGCAAGGUCCAGAUGGUGACGACUCUGAUGUGCUUGUGCACAAAGGCUUUCAGGACGCUUACCUUGCUGUCAACUCUGCAGUGAUCCAAUGGUUGGAGAAGUCCGUCACGGGUAGAUCCUGUGUUCGCAUCGCGGGUCAUUCCCUCGGUGGUGCUUUGGCGACGUUGUUUGCUGUGGACAUCAAGAGACGUGGAUGGCAGAUUGACGGUGUGGUGACAUUCGGUAGCCCCAGAGUUGGUCAGCAAGCCUUCAAGUCUCUCUACCAAGAAAUGAAUUUGUACCAUCUCACGGUGCGGUUUACCAACCAGACUGAUCCUGUGCCUUGUUUUCCUCCUUCGUCUUCGGGCUUUGAGCAUGUGGUGGAGGAAUAUGCUUUGGGCUCAACAGGGCUUCCGGCGGGCAGUAGUCAUUCCAUGGCAGGAAGUUCCAAGUCUUACUGUCUCACAUUGCAAGAUGCGGUGGAAGGUUAUGAACGUGGUCUGCAAUAUGGCAUUGCCUCACGUGUUGUUACCUACCUCACUGCGAGCAAGAGACGAAUUUUCCGGACAAGCAUCGGCAAAGACAGUGCCGACUUUGGCGCAGCAGCGUGGAAGGCGCGACAUGCAGAGAGACGGUGUUGUCGAACAUGCGCAGCCAAGAUGCGCGACCACUGGACGUGCAGCCACUGCGCAGAACGAAAACCGCGCGCAGAAUUCUCUGCCUGGCAAGAGAAGCGCACGUGGGCGCAAGAUGGCACGCAAUGCUGCAACACGUGCGUGUCGUUAACGUUGGUUUGUCGUGUCGCCACACGAGCGAAUCAACGCGUGCUGCCUUUGCGGCGCCGCAUCCAGCGGGAGCGCGAGCAAGCGAUCAUAGAGGAGGUUCGGCGAGAGAUAGCGGCAGUAACCGAGCAGAGGUGCACCUGGAAGACGAGCGCAAAGAGCACACCGUGCGCGAUGGGGUUACCGAACACGGCGCGCAAGGUCGCUGUAGCCGCCGACACAGGUAGCGCAGUGCCCGCGCGACUGGCCAGCGGUGCGGGCGCCACGCACGAGUCGCACCCCCAGUGCGGCCCCGAAAAGAACGAGGACAAUAACACAUUCGACUACACGUGUCCGUUUUGUGCUGCUGCCGUCCGCAGCAUUGUGCGUUCUGGCCAAGUAAAUCACCGCAAGCAUUGCGGCAACCAAUUUCGGCCCACUUGGUCGAACAUGGCAAUGCAAGUGAAGGAAGAGCUAAAGGUCGACAUGGCCCUCCUGCGGCAAGAUAUCUCCAAAUUGGCUGAGGGCAUGGUUGCAGAUUCAGCAGUGGAAUGGCUGUUGGACAUGGAGACUCCCAUUGAAAUUGUCAAGCACUACAAGUCACAGCUGCAAACGUGGCAGCAAGGUGUCCCAGGGUGGUUUAUCAAGUACAAGGUCCAGUUGAACCGAGCACUUGAAGCUGCAAAGAUGGAGCUGCGCGAUCCGAACUCGCAGCUGGCGCAUCAGUUUGUGGUGUUGUACCUGCGGGCUGCACGCAUCCUCAUCGGUGCCAUGAGCAACUCUGGAGCGCAGCUUGGAGAUGUAGAUAAAGAAUUUCAAGAGUUUGUCACAGCAGCAAAAGGGCUGGUUUUGCGGUGCCUGCAUUUUGAAAUUCCUCUCCUGAAUCAGAUCUUGUUGCUUCUGCCCAGCAAGGAAGAUUUUGCCUUGCCACAGGAGGUUGAUGUAAAGUUGGGAGGUCCAAUUUCAAACGUUCGAAUCCUACAGAUGCACGGCAGAAGUCUUCAAGUUGGAUGUCGCUUGUUGGGGCUGUUGAAGUGGAGCGGCCAGGAAGCACUGAAAUUGAAAUUUGACAGUGAAGAACCCAUGAAUGCACUGUCGUGGAAGCAAAUCACAGAUGCAUCGGUGCAGCAGCUUGCCAGCAAGAUGCCGCAGAACCUGACUUCUCUGAGCUUGGAUUUCAGUGAGUGCAAGCAAAUCACAGAUGCAUCUGUGCAGCAGCUUGCCAGCAAGAUGCCGCAGAACCUGACUUCUCUGAGCUUGGAUUUCAGUGAGUGCAAGCAAAUCACAGAUGCAUCUGUGCAGCAGCUUGCCAGCAAGAUGCCGCAGAACCUGACUUCUCUGAGCUUGGGUAUCAGUCAGUGCAAGCAAAUCACAGAUGCAUCUGUGCAGCAGCUUGCCAGCAAGAUGCCGCAGCACCUGACUUCUCUGAGCUUGGAUUUCAGUGAGUGCAAGCAAAUCACAGAUGCAUCUGUGCAGCAGCUUGCCAGCAAGAUGCCGCAGAACCUGACUUCUCUGAGCUUGCAUUUCAGUUGGUGCGAGCAAAUCGCAGAUGCAUCUCUUGGGUUUCAGUCGGUGCAAGCAAAUCACAGAUGCAUCUGUGCAGCAGCUUGCCAGCAAGAUGCCGCAGAACCAGACUUCUCUGAGCUUGGAUUUCAGUUGCAAGAUGCGGCAGAACCUGACUUCUCUGAGCUUGAGUUUCCAUGGGUGCAGGCAAAUCACAGACGCAUCUGUGCAGCAGCUUGCCAGCAAGAUGCCGUAGAACCUGACUUCUCUGAGCUUGAGUUUCAAUGGCAAGAUGCCGCAGAACUUGACUUCUCUGAGCUUGCGUUUCAGUCGGUGCAAGCAAAUCACAGAUGCAUCUGUGCAGCAGCUUGCCAGCAAGAUGCCGCAGAACCUGACUUCUCUGAGCUUGGAUUUCAGUUGCAAGAUGCCGCAGAACCUGACUUCUCUGAGCUUGAGCUUCAAUGGCUGCAGGCAAAUCACAGAUACAUCUGCGCAGCAGCUUGCCAGCGACAUUAG